AUGUCAUACAACGAGGCAUGCGAGUCACCAGCCUUUAAGCAAUGGCUCGUCACCACCCUCGAACCAAUGUGCGAUGCCGACCCGGAUGUGCUCGGCGACUACAUCAUUGCAUUACUCAAGCACGAGUCGAGCAUGACUGAAGCGGAGUGGAAGACUUACAUGGUGACCGAGCUGAAAGAGUUCCUCGAAGCGCGUUCGCAAGCGUUUGUUGACCUCUGCUUUGACGUCCUCCGCACCAAGGCGUAUCUUCCCUCCACCGCCGCCGCCGUUCGCCCAGCAACCCCCCCACCACCUGCAGUUGCCGGCCCCUCGUCUCCUCGCCGAGACACUGGUGAUGUGGAGAUGGGAGAGGGCCGUCCUGUGGCGCCCGUUCCCCACCCGCAAGACCCAGGAGCUCCCCGCCUUCCCGGCGGCCGCCCACGUUGUGUCGACUACCACGAGCGUGGCUUCUGCAUGCGCGGUGUCAACUGCCCCUUCGAGCACAGCGUGGACGUCAUCAUCCCCACUCCGGAGAUGAUGUUCCAACAGAUGCAGGGCUUCCAGGGAGGCCGUGGCGGGUUCAACGGACGCGGAGGAAGGGGAGGACGCGGAGGUCGUGGCGGUCGCGGAGGUAUGAUGGGCCCAGGAGGCAUGCCCCCCAUGAUGAUGGGAAUGCCCGGCAUGCCGUUCAUGGGACCUGGUGGACCCGGUGGUCCUCAGGGCGGCCCGUCUGCCGAGUUUGCCAGCGGCGUCAACCGACCCCCGCACGACCGUAACGGCAACACCCUCCUCAUCACCGAGAUCCCUCCAGCACACGUGUCAAUGGGCGCCAUCCGCGACUAUUUCGGCCAGUUUGGCGAUGUCACCAACGUCGCUGUGGAGGGCAAGUCGCGUCGCGCCCUUGUUUCGUUUGCGUCCAACCGCGAGGCAUUCCAGGCGUGGAAGAACGAGGAGGCUGUGUUUGGUUCCCGCCACGUCAAAGUGCUCUGGCAUCGUCCCCGUCCCGGCCAGGGCGGCGCUGGUCAGCAAAAGCUCGAGGCCUCGGCAACGAUGAUUUCCAACAUGAAGAAGCUGGAGAAUGGCCAGUCGACGCAGGGGAACGUGGUCGCGACACUCGAGGGCCCAGAAUCGCGCUUGAAGAAGACGCUGGCCGACCUCGAGGUCCGUGAACGCCGGCAAAAGCGCGAAACCCUUGUCGCAGAGCAAAAAGUCCUCUUUGCCCGCGCCGGCACUGCUUCGCAGGAGGACAAGGUCGCCAUCCUCACCCGCAUCAAGGCUAUCGCCCAGGAGAUGCAGGACCUCGACAAGCCCGCGCCCCCGCCCACCACCGACGUCGACAUGACCGACAAGGAGAAGCUCGAUGCCGAGCUGGCCAAGCACGGCAUGGAGACUACGGCCGGCAAGGACCAGGAAGAGCUGCUCGCCCUCAAUGCCCAGCUCUCUGCUCUCCGCGACAAGGCGUCCACACUCGGUAUCCCCGCCACGCGUUACUCUCCAUAUGGACGUGGCGCCCCCCGCGGUGCUGUCCGUGGCGUCCGCGGUGCGCGUGGGGGACGCGGUCGCGGUGGUGCCUUCCAGCGCCCCAUGCGCCUCGACAACAGGUCGCGUACUGUCCACCUGUCUGGUGAGGCACUUGGAUCGGAGACGUCUCAGGCGAGCCUGCGCGAGUGGUACGAGGGUACUGGUGGCGCCGUUGCGCAGAGUGACGAUGGAGGCUUGUUGGUGACGUACCCGAGCCGCGAGAUGGCGGAGAGCCCAACCACGGACCCCUUCCGCGAUCACCUUACUGACACCCUCCAGGCUCUCGCCCUCGGCUCAAAGGAUAUCCCCAACCUCGCUGGCCCCGUCCAGGCCGCAUGGCACUCGGCCCCCUCACCCAUCGUUUCCGGCAGCGCGACGCCAACGUACCCGGUCAACGCGGGUGGCGCUGAGGACGGCGAAGUCGAGGUAGACAUGGAGGAAGGAGAGAGGCGUGACCGUGAUUACGACUAG